GAUUAUUUACUCAGCUUUCAGAUGAUGCAUAAAUCUCAAUUUCACAAAAUUGACCCUUAUGGCAGGUAUUGUGCUCCAGAGUCAAAGUUGUCCAUCUUAUAAGUUGCUGUUUGAGCGCCGCCUGCCGGAGGACUGAGGCGCUGCGUCCGCCGCGUGAUCGGUGUCGCGGUGCAUGUCGGGCCGCUGGCGGUGAGCUGCAGUGAGAUGAUGGAGGGUUUGGGGCUUCAGGCCGUGGCUCUGAGCGACGGAUCCACCGCUUACAUACAGCAGACCAUCAGCGAUCCGAGUCUAAUGGAGGGAAACACGGUUCAACUGGAGGACGGGACCACGGCGUUCAUUCAGCACGUCAGCGUCCAGCAGAAAGAGUCGCUGGCAUUUGAGGACGGUCAGGCGGUGCAGUUGGAGGACGGGACCACGGCCUUCAUUCACCACACACCUAAAGACGGCUUCGACCCCUGCGCCGUGGAGGCCGUUCAGCUGGAGGACGGCAGCACGGCGUACAUCCACCACCAGACAGGCGGCGCUGUGGAGCUAAACGCAGAGGCCAUCGCCACGCUGGAGAGCUACGCUAGCAAGCUGACGGGGUCAGAGGUCGAGGUCGAUGAAAACAUCGAGAACACAAACGGAGCGGAGCAGACCAUCAAACAGCUGAUGUUUGAGGGGAAGGUCUGGAGCUCCGGUAAAGUCCAGCAGGUCGGAGAGAAGAGUUUCCGCUGUGGACACACGGGCUGCGGCCGAUACUACACCACAGCACACCAUCUGAAGGUGCACGAGCGCUCGCACACGGGUGACCGUCCAUACCAAUGCGAGGUGCCCUCCUGCGCUAAAGCUUUCGCCACCGGUUAUGGUCUCAAGAGCCACCUGCGCACGCACACGGGCGAGAAACCCUACAAAUGCCCCGAGGACAUGUGCUACAAAGCCUUCAAAACCUCCGGAGACCUGCAGAAACACGUGCGCACGCACACCGGCGAGAAGCCGUUUAAGUGUCCGUUCGAGGGCUGCGGACGCUCCUUCACCACCUCCAACAUUCGUAAGGUUCAUACGCGAACGCACACGGGCGAGCGGCCAUAUUUGUGCCCGGAGCCGUCCUGCGGAAGAGCCUUCGCCAGCGCAACCAACUACAAGAACCACAUGAGGAUACACACCGGUGAGAAGCCGUAUCUGUGCACGGUUCCCGGCUGUGGGAAGAGUUUCACGGAGUACUCCAGUCUUUAUAAGCAUCACGUGGUCCACACGCACUGUAAGCCGUACACCUGCAGCCACUGCGGGAAGACCUACAGACAGACGUCCACACUGGCCAUGCACAAGCGCACCGCGCAUGGAGACUUCGACACCGUGGAGGACGCCGACGCAGAGGUUUUCGAGGCGUCGCCGCAGGACGCCGAGCAGAACGAAUGUGAUGCCAAAGUCACCAUGGAAACCGACGACAUCAUCAGCUCACACCUGCAGGUGCUCGGCACGGCCGUCACCAUGGUGACCCAGGACGGAACCAUCGGUGGGCAGCAGGUCACCAUGGUUACGGAUGGCAAAGAGCUGCAGCCGGUUGCCAUAGUAACGUCAAAUGGCAUCAUGACUGAAGUGAACGCGUCGCUGUACCAGCAGGUGGCGCUGCUAGCAACAGAAAACGGCACACAGAUCGCAGUACAGUUAGAAGAUCAGCAGACGUUAGAGGAGGCGAUCACCAUGGCAACAGCGGCGAUUCAGCACAGCGGACUGACCUCAGAUCAGUGACCGCUCAAAAAAAUCACGUUCAGACGCCUCGUAGAGAGAACAAACAAUUUUUUUACGUUUACGUUAGCGUGUAUGAGAAAGAGUUUCUGCAGUCUUAAAGGUUUUUUUUACCGGCUUCGAGCCAGUAGGUUGCGAAACAAGAUGAAAAUAAAAAUGUAUAUUUGUCAAUAAAUAAGCUUUAUCCAGUAA